UUCUUCGUCGAAGACUCGAAGUCAAUGCGCAUGCGCUCAAACUCGGAAACUUCGGGGUUCAUGUGAUGACAGUUUCAUUCAUUCUCGAUUCCAUAUAACGAAGUCGCAUUUAUUCUUCUUCAUCUCAAAUUCCGUAAGUUUGAGCCUUCUGUCCCAUUUCCUCAUCAGCACGUACAAGGAAACUGUGAAGAAAUGGAUGAAUUUGAGACAAAAAUCGGUUUCCACAUUUUUUUUUUUUUAAUUUGUGGGCAUAGUUGAGGAGACGGAUGCCUUUUUUUUCUUGGGUACCAUAUAAAUUGGGUACAAAAUCUUUGCUUUCUUUUCUUUUCCCCAUAUUGGAGCUUUUGGGUUUGUUAGCCAAGCAAAGUAAUGGCAGCAGCAUUGAUUGGAGGGGCUGCUCUGGGAGCAGUAUUCGGAGAGGCAUUUUCACUGUUGUCUGGAGCAGUUCAGGAUGCGGUAAAGGAAGCCCGUAUGUUCAAAUCCAUUCUCAAACGCCUCCAAUCCACGCUGGAUUCUGUCAAGCCAUUGGUUGAAGAGAUAAGAUGUUUAAACAGACAAGUGGAUCGCCGGGGAGAGGAAGUAAAGAGGUUGAUCGAAGAAAUGAAUAAGGGAAAGGAGCUCGUUUUGAAGUGCUCAAAAAUCAGUUGGUGGAACUACCGCAUGAAAUCCCAGUACUUGAGCAAACUCUGCGAGUUGGAAGAGGACAUUGGCAGGUUCUUUCAGGUUGAGACUUUGGCGGGUGUGAAUGCUAUCCGUCAGAAUAGUUUGGUCGUGAGGUAUGGCGGGGUGUCAUGCGCGGUUCCCCGUCCUCCUGAUUUUAUUGUUGGAUUCGAUGUGCAUAUGAAGAAGUUGAAGAUGCAGCUGCUGAAGGAGGAGGUGUCGGUGCUUGUAUUGACUGCUCCUGGAGGAUGCGGGAAGACCACAUUGGUAAAAAUGCUCUGUCAGGAUGAGGAAAUUAAAGGCAUAUUUGAGAAGAAUAUUUUCUUCGUCCCUGUCUCAGAAACUCCAAACUGGAAGGUCAUUGUAGAUAGACUAUUUCAUCAUAUGGGUUUUCAGGGGCCUGAGUUUCAAACUAAUGAAGAUGCAGUCUACCAGCUGGAGCAACUGCUGAAAAAUCGAAUUGAAGGAUCUAUAUUGUUGAUUCUGGAUGAUGUCUGGUCUGGAUCAGAAUCCCUUCUUGAGAAGUUUAAGUUUCAUAUGCCAAAUUUCAAGAUUCUUAUGACUUCAAGAGCGGCAUUUCCAAGAUUUCGCUUUACAUAUAAAUUACAACCAUUAAAUGAUAAAGAUGCAAUGACUCUUUUUCAUCACUCAGCAGGCCUGCAGGAUCGAAGCUCUUUGAUUCCAGAUGAAGUUAUCAAAAAGAUACUGAAGUUAUGUGGGGGGUUCCCUCUGGCCGUUGAAGUGAUUGGAAAAUCACUAUGUGGGAAGUCAGCAGAGGUCUGGUACAGUAGGGUGAAGAAAUUGUCUAGUGAUCGUUCUAUCCUUAAUUCUGACAGCGAUUUGCGUAAAUGUCUCCAAAAGAGCCUAGAUUUCUUGGAUGAUGAGGUCAUCAAGAACUGUUUCCUGGACCUAGGUUUGUUUCCAGAAGACCAAAGGAUCCCUGUUGCUACCCUCAUUGAUAUGUGGGCAGAAUUAUACAACCUAGAUGAAGAUGGCAUCGAUGCCAAUGCUAACCUACAUGAAAUCACUAGCCUGAAUCUGGCUAGUCUUGUGGUCGCAAGGAAAGAUGCGAGUGAUGUUGGUAACUACUACAGUGAAGACUUCGUCUUGCAACAUGAUCUUCUUAGAGAGCUAGCUAUCCAUCAGAGCAGCCAGGAGCCAAUAAAACAAAGGAAAAGACUGAUCAUGGACAUAAGUGGAAACAAUCUUCCCAACUGGACAGAACAGCAGCGGCAACCUCUCGGCGCACGCCUCUUGUCUAUCUCAACUGAUGAAACGUUCUCAUCAAGUUGGUUCAAUAUUGAACCACCCGAAGUUGAGGUUUUAGUUCUCAAUUUUCAAACGAAGAAUUACAUGCUACCCGAGUUCGUGGAGAAAAUGGAUAAACUGAAGGUUCUGGCUGUCACAAAUUAUGGCUACUUUCCUGCUGAAUUAGGUAAUUUUCAGCUACUUGGAUCUCUUUCCGAUAUAAAGAAAAUCAGAUUAGAGAAGGUUUCAAUUCCUUCCCUUUUCAAGUCCCCAGUGCAACUGAAGAGUUUGGAGAUGAUUUCCCUGUUUAUGUCUAAUAUUAGUCAGGCUUUUAGAAAUUAUAUUAUCCAGGUUUCAAAUGCAUUGCCAAUUCUAAAGAGAUUAGAGAACGUUUCAAUUCCUUCCCUUUUCAACUCCCCAGUGCAAUUGAAGAGUUUGGAGAAGAUAUCCCUGUUUAUGUGUACUAUUGAUCAGGCUUUUAGGAAUUGUACUAUCCCGGUUUCAGAUGCAUUGCCAAAUCUAAAGGAGAUAAACAUUGACUAUUGCAAUGAUCUUGCUGAAUUGCCUGCUGGGCUGUGUGAUAUCGUCUCCCUUAAGAAACUUAGCAUCACCAAUUGUCAUAAGCUGUCUGCAUUGCCUGAAGAGAUAGGAAAGCUGGAAAAUUUGGAAGUGCUAAGGCUUAAAUCCUGUACUGAUUUGCCGGAGUUGCCAGAGUCAAUCAGAAGCCUUCAUAAGUUAAGCAUUCUUGACAUAUCUGACUGCCCAAGCAUUAGGAAGUUGCCAAAAUACAUUGGUGAGUUGCAUAAUUUGAAGAAGCUCCACAUGGAAGGGUGCUUGAGAUUGCGUAAUCAUUUGCCAACAUCUACUUUGGAUCUUGAGCAGUUGGAGCUUGUGACAUGUGAUGAAGAGAGGGCCAAGUUAUGGGAGCCUAUUAAGGACUACCUGACUAAUCUAAAGGUAGAGGUGGCUGAAAAAGAUGUCAACUUGAAUUGGCUUCCCGUAAAUGAUUUCUGAGAACUGUUUUUGUUUGGAAAAUGUGCAAGGUGGGAUAAAGUAUCUGUAGAAUGUUGUAAUCUGUAGAAACUGGAGUAUAAAGGAAGAGGUUUUGGCAUGAACGAUAUAAUUGUUGAUGAGAUUCAAAGAGUUUCUGCAGAAUAGAAUGGAAAAUUCUGCAGAAGGUUGUUGGAGAUA